AUGGAGAAGGAAGGAGUAAGAAGAGGAAAUGUUAGAAGGAGUUGUUUAGCAACCUCUGCUGCACAGUUUUGGUUCAAUGCUGCAGAGUUCUUCCCUAAAAAAGGAGUGGAAAGUGGAAAAGGCAUCUACCUCACUUUUUUUCCACAAUUGGAAUGCUCUUUCACUCGUACCAUCUUUAGACUACAUAUCAUGUUCUCUUCCUUUUCUCAUUGCCUUCUGCUCUUCUUCUUUCUACUAUUUUCUCUGGUUUUAGGGGAUAAAGCGUUUACAGGAACAUAUGGUGUAAACUAUGGUAGAAUAGCUGACAACCUGCCUCCCCCAGAAAGUGUGGUUACCUUACUCAAAGCAGCAAAAAUUAAGAACAUUAGGAUUUAUGAUGCUGAUCAUCAGGUCCUCCGUGCCUUCAAAGGGUCUGGCAUUGAAAUUGUGGUUGGACUUGGCAACGAAUUUCUUACGGGCAUUAGUGUGGGGGAGGAUAGAGCCAUGAGUUGGGUCAAAGAAAACGUUCAGCAAUUUCUUCCAGGAACCAAAAUUCGGGGAAUUGCAGUGGGAAAUGAAAUCUUGGGAGGCACAGAUUUACAACUCUGGGAAGUUUUGCUACCUGCAGUAAAGAAUGUUUACAAUGCCCUUAAAAAGCUUGGUCUAGCAAAAGAUGUUCAAGUGUCAAGUCCACAUUCUGAGGCUGUAUUUGCUAAUUCCUUUCCUCCAUCCUCCUGCACUUUCAAGGAAGAUGUCCUUCCAUAUAUGAAGCCUCUCUUACAAUUCUUCUCACAAAUUGGCACUCCUUUUUUCAUAAAUGCAUACCCCUUCCUUGCUUAUAAGAAUGAUCCACAACAUAUUGACCUUAACUAUGCCCUCUUCCAAAAAAGUCCUGGGAUUUAUGAUGCAAAGACUAAGCUGCAUUAUGGUAACAUGUUUGAGGCACAGGUUGAUGCAGCUUAUGCUGCCUUGGAGAAGGUUGGUUUUGACAAGAUGGAAGUGAUUGUUUCCGAGACUGGUUGGGCUUCUCAUGGGGAUGACAAUGAAGCUGGAGCAACAAUAAAGAAUGCAAGGACCUACAAUCUUAACUUGCGUAAGAGGUUACUCAAGAAAAAAGGUACCCCUUAUAGGCCAAAGAAAAUGGUGAGGGCUUAUAUCUUUGCUUUGUUUAAUGAGAAUUUGAAGUCUGGUCCAACGUCAGAGAGAAACUUUGGAUUGUUUAAGGCUGAUGGAAGCAUUGCAUAUGAUAUUGGAUUCACUGGACUUGUACCUUCUUCAGCAACUUCAUCAUCUUUCCUUUCCUUCAAGGGAAUUGGAACCUCGUCUGUGAUGGCUUUUACAAGUUUAGUUGCUUUUCUUUUUGUAGCAUUGUAA